GUGUAAACUAAAAGUUGAAAAAAAAUAUGGAUGAACUUUUAGAAUUAUAAAGCAGAUAAACAAACAAGGCCAUGUGUCCCUACCCAGAUAUUAAAUUUAAUGGUUCCUACAUUUAAUAUUCUAAAGAUGUGUGCAACCCUAAAGGUGUUAAAUGAGUUCAAUUGGUUUCCCCCCCUGAGUGCACUGUGGAAGUGAACGUGCAUAACAACAGGGAUCAUGCGGAUGGGAGGAGUAAAUGAGGACUGCAAGCCUGUAAAACACGUUCCGUAAACCCUUUCUUCUCUCUGCAGCCGGAGCUAACGUUACAGCUCAGCUCUCUGUUUCCCGAGCCACCACAACAGUCCUGUGAGCAUCCCCCCGCCCCCCGGUAACCAUUUUAGUUGUUUUUAUUUGGGCGGUGAGUCGCGCUGCUCAGCAGAAUCAAGAGUCACUGUUUGGGAUGGAUGCUGCUGAGGGAAGCGCCCCGGUGAGCCGGCUGGAGAGGAGCAGCCACACGGCGUUCAUAGACGACAACACACUGUAUGUUUGGGGAGGUUACCAGGUGGCUGCUGGACAGGACAUCAUGUUGCCCAGUGAUGAGAUAUGGCUCUGUGAUUUAGACAGCGGGACGUGGGAGCGGAGGGACAUCGCUGGAGACAAACCCCCAGACUUAGCAGGCUUCUGUGGCUCUCACGUUAACGGCGUGCUCUACAUCUUUGCAGGAUGCGACCCCCUUGGAUACACAAACCAGAUGUUCAGCGUUGACCUCACAGAGCAGCGCUACUUGUGGAAGAGAGUGACCGAUACCAAGGGAACGACACCGUCACCGCGAAACAAACACUCCUGCUGGUUACACAGAGACAGAUUAAUCUACUUUGGUGGCUAUGGAUGUAAGACCAUAGGGGAGGUACGAAACACAUCAUCAACAAGCUUCAUCGUGGAAGAGAUGUCCUGGACAACAAUUGGAAACACGUUAUUUAGGUGCUGGGGCUGGAACAAUGAAGUCAAUGUGUUUGACACGCAUACUGCUACGUGGAGCACGCCAGAGACUCGGGGUCCUGCUCCCGCCCCCAGAGGAUGCCAUGCCAGUGCCCUUCUGGGGAACAAAGGUUACAUCUCUGGUGGCGUGGAAACGGCAGAGUUGGACAUGUUCUGCUUGGACCUGGAAACCUGGACCUGGACUCAAUUUAACAUCCCCCAGUCCUGUACGCCUCUGGGGCGCUCCAUGUUCACCAUGACGCCCAUAUCAGAUCACACCCUCUUCAUAUAUGGAGGUCUCGGCACAGACGGAAAUACUCUUAAUGAUGCAUGGCAGUUUAACACGCAAAAGAGAGUGUGGACCAAUUUGACACACCCACACAAGGACAAGCCCAGGGUGUGUCACACAGCGUGCCUGGGAAGUGACAACGAUGUUGUUGUGUUCGGGGGAAGCAGCAACAUGUGCAUCCUCAUGGACUCGGUGGCUGUUCUGAGGGCUCCAUCCCAACAUCACUGCAGAGACGUGUUCAUCUUUCAGACGCAGCCAUACUCCCUCUUCAGAUUGUGUGAGGACCUCAUAGGAAGAAAGCCGGAGCUGUUUGGGAAGCAGCUGAACUGGCUGCCAUCAAAGCUACGCAGCAAAAUUGACAAGCGAGUGGCCUUUUUCUCUGCUAUGACGCCAGUUCUUACAGCUUGAAGAGAACUUUUUUUUUUUUUUUUUUUCUCUUUGUGACAAGUUUCUGAGCCAGUCACUUUAUUACAAAAAUGUGUUUUCAUUCUUGUCAGGAAUGUGUGAUUUUUGUUUAAUGAUUUAAAAAAAAAAACAACAAAAAAACAUGGUGCUAAAGUUCAUUGUUUUUAACGUAAACAAUAUGUAAAUCAAGUUUUUGCCUUAUUUUAAACAGCCACUUUAGAUUAUGUAAACUUUUACUCUAUAUAUAGUGACUUUGAUUAUGUGCAAUCUGUUUUUGAAUAAAGGUAUUGAUGUAUA